AUGGCGCACUCCUUGCGCGGAGCACCACCGUUGCUGCUUCAUCGCUGCGUGUGUGCUUGCCUCGCUGCGUGCCGCCAUGUGUUUCGCUCACUCCCAUCGCCACUCAUUCCUUCUGCUCUGCCCUCCUCUCUCGUCGUCCAUCCACCCCACCCACCCACCACCCUCCCCUGCGUGCGUGCAUGUGCGCGCGCAUCUGUGUCUCAACGGAGGCGAGGCAGGGGGAGGGGCGAGGCGGUGUGUGAGGAGGUGAGGGCGGCAGCGGGGGCGGCAGGGAGUGCGACGUUCAUAGAGUGUGACAUCACCGACACCCCUGCACUUGACGCCCUCCUCACAGGAGCCGACCUGGUGGUCCACUGUGCGGGGCCCUUCCAGCAAGAACCGAACUGCACCGUUCUGGAAGCAGCCAUCCGCACCAAGACGCCCUACGUGGACGUGUGUGACGGCACGCCCUACGUGGACGUGUGUGACGACGUGGCGUUCGCUGGGAACGCGCGCUCGCUGCACGGGGCUGCAGUGGCGGCGGGUGUGCCGGCCAUCACCACGGCCGGCAUCUACCCGGGCGCCAACGUGCCAUUCCCUGCUCUCCUGUGUCUCCUCUCCGCAGUGAUGGCAGCAGAGCUGGUGCGGCUGGCGGGGGAGGAGGGGGCGCGCAUGGAGGAGCAACAAGGCCAGCAGCAGGCCGCCCUUGGCCUUCGACCAAAGAGCCUGCGCUUCUCGUAUUUCACGGCGGGCACGGGAGGGGCGGGUCCCACCAUCCUGACCACGAGCCUGCUGCUGCUGGGCGAGCCUGCCACGGCCUUCAAGGACGGUCAGCGCCUGCAGCUGCCAGCAUACAGUCGGCAGCGCCUGGUGGACUUUGGGCCGGGCGUGGGGGAGAGAAGCACGUACCUGCUCAACCUACCAGAGGUGGUGUCAGCGCACGAGGUGCUGGGGGUGCCCACGGUGUCGGCGCGCUUUGGCACGGCGCCACACAUGUGGAACUGGGGCAUGCAGCUGCUGCACGCUCUGCUGCCUCAGGUGCGUGCCCUGCUCCCUGCUUCUCCGCCCAGCUGCCUCAGGUGCGUGCCCUGCUCCCUGCUUCUCCGCCCAGCUGCCUCAGGUGCGUGCCCUGCUCCCUGCUUCUCCGCCCAGCUGCCUCAGGUGCGUGCCCUGCUCCCUGCUUCUCCGCCCAGCUGCCUCAGGUGCGUGCCCUGCUCCCUGCUUCUCCGCCCAGCUGCCUCAGGUGCGUGCCCUGCUCCCUGCUUCUCCGCCCAGCUGCCUCAGGUGCGUGCCCUGCUCCCUGCUUCUCCGCCCAGCUGCCUCAGGUGCGUGCCCUGCUCCCUGCUUCUCCGCCCAGCUGCCUCAGGUGCGUGCCCUGCUCCCUGCUUCUCCGCCCAGCUGCCUCAGGUGCGUGCCCUGCUCCCUGCUUCUCCGCCCAGCUGCCUCAGGUGCGUGCCCUGCUCCCUGCUUCUCCGCCCAGCUGCCUCAGGUGCGUGCCCUGCUCCCUGCUUCUCCGCCCAGCUGCCUCAGGUGCGUGCCCUGCUCCCUGCUUCUCCGCCCAGCUGCCUCAGGUGCGUGCCCUGCUCCCUGCUUCUCCGCCCAGCUGCCUCAGGUGCGUGCCCUGCUCCCUGCUUCUCCGCCCAGCUGCCUCAGGUGCGUGCCCUGCUCCCUGCUUCUCCGCCCAGCUGCCUCAGGUGCGUGCCCUGCUCCCUGCUUCUCCGCCCAGCUGCCUCAGGUGCGUGCCCUGCUCCCUGCUUCUCCGCCCAGCUGCCUCAGGUGCGUGCCCUGCUCCCUGCUUCUCCGCCCAGCUGCCUCAGGUGCGUGCCCUGCUCCCUGCUUCUCCGCCCAGCUGCCUCAGGUGCGUGCCCUGCUCCCUGCUUCUCCGCCCAGCUGCCUCAGGUGCGUGCCCUGCUCCCUGCUUCUCCGCCCAGCUGCCUCAGGUGCGUGCCCUGCUCCCUGCUUCUCCGCCCAGCUGCCUCAGGUGCGUGCCCUGCUCCCUGCUUCUCCGCCCAGCUGCCUCAGGUGCGUGCCCUGCUCCCUGCUUCUCCGCCCAGCUGCCUCAGGUGCGUGCCCUGCUCCCUGCUUCUCCGCCCAGCUGCCUCAGGUGCGUGCCCUGCUCCCUGCUUCUCCGCCCAGCUGCCUCAGGUGCGUGCCCUGCUCCCUGCUUCUCCGCCCAGCUGCCUCAGGUGCGUGCCCUGCUCCCUGCUUCUCCGCCCAGCUGCCUCAGGUGCGUGCCCUGCUCCCUGCUUCUCCGCCCAGCUGCCUCAGGUGCGUGCCCUGCUCCCUGCUUCUCCGCCCAGCUGCCUCAGGUGCGUGCCCUGCUCCCUGCUUCUCCGCCCAGCUGCCUCAGGUGCGUGCCCUGCUCCCUGCUUCUCCGCCCAGCUGCCUCAGGUGCGUGCCCUGCUCCCUGCUUCUCCGCCCAGCUGCCUCAGGUGCGUGCCCUGCUCCCUGCUUCUCCGCCCAGCUGCCUCAGGUGCGUGCCCUGCUCCCUGCUUCUCCGCCCAGCUGCCUCAGGUGCGUGCCCUGCUCCCUGCUUCUCCGCCCAGCUGCCUCAGGUGCGUGCCCUGCUCCCUGCUUCUCCGCCCAGCUGCCUCAGGUGCGUGCCCUGCUCCCUGCUUCUCCGCCCAGCUGCCUCAGGUGCGUGCCCUGCUCCCUGCUUCUCCGCCCAGCUGCCUCAGGUGCGUGCCCUGCUCCCUGCUUCUCCGCCCAGCUGCCUCAGGUGCGUGCCCUGCUCCCUGCUUCUCCGCCCAGCUGCCUCAGGUGCGUGCCCUGCUCCCUGCUUCUCCGCCCAGCUGCCUCAGGUGCGUGCCCUGCUCCCUGCUUCUCCGCCCAGCUGCCUCAGGUGCGUGCCCUGCUCCCUGCUUCUCCGCCCAGCUGCCUCAGGUGCGUGCCCUGCUCCCUGCUUCUCCGCCCAGCUGCCUCAGGUGCGUGCCCUGCUCCCUGCUUCUCCGCCCAGCUGCCUCAGGUGCGUGCCCUGCUCCCUGCUUCUCCGCCCAGCUGCCUCAGGUGCGUGCCCUGCUCCCUGCUUCUCCGCCCAGCUGCCUCAGGUGCGUGCCCUGCUCCCUGCUUCUCCGCCCAGCUGCCUCAGGUGCGUGCCCUGCUCCCUGCUUCUCCGCCCAGCUGCCUCAGGUGCGUGCCCUGCUCCCUGCUUCUCCGCCCAGCUGCCUCAGGUGCGUGCCCUGCUCCCUGCUUCUCCGCCCAGCUGCCUCAGGUGCGUGCCCUGCUCCCUGCUUCUCCGCCCAGCUGCCUCAGGUGCGUGCCCUGCUCCCUGCUUCUCCGCCCAGCUGCCUCAGGUGCGUGCCCUGCUCCCUGCUUCUCCGCCCAGCUGCCUCAGGUGCGUGCCCUGCUCCCUGCUUCUCCGCCCAGCUGCCUCAGGUGCGUGCCCUGCUCCCUGCUUCUCCGCCCAGCUGCCUCAGGUGCGUGCCCUGCUCCCUGCUUCUCCGCCCAGCUGCCUCAGGUGCGUGCCCUGCUCCCUGCUUCUCCGCCCAGCUGCCUCAGGUGCGUGCCCUGCUCCCUGCUUCUCCGCCCAGCUGCCUCAGGUGCGUGCCCUGCUCCCUGCUUCUCCGCCCAGCUGCCUCAGGUGCGUGCCCUGCUCCCUGCUUCUCCGCCCAGCUGCCUCAGGUGCGUGCCCUGCUCCCUGCUUCUCCGCCCAGCUGCCUCAGGUGCGUGCCCUGCUCCCUGCUUCUCCGCCCAGCUGCCUCAGGUGCGUGCCCUGCUCCCUGCUUCUCCGCCCAGCUGCCUCAGGUGCGUGCCCUGCUCCCUGCUUCUCCGCCCAGCUGCCUCAGGUGCGUGCCCUGCUCCCUGCUUCUCCGCCCAGCUGCCUCAGGUGCGUGCCCUGCUCCCUGCUUCUCCGCCCAGCUGCCUCAGGUGCGUGCCCUGCUCCCUGCUUCUCCGCCCAGCUGCCUCAGGUGCGUGCCCUGCUCCCUGCUUCUCCGCCCAGCUGCCUCAGGUGCGUGCCCUGCUCCCUGCUUCUCCGCCCAGCUGCCUCAGGUGCGUGCCCUGCUCCCUGCUUCUCCGCCCAGCUGCCUCAGGUGCGUGCCCUGCUCCCUGCUUCUCCGCCCAGCUGCCUCAGGUGCGUGCCCUGCUCCCUGCUUCUCCGCCCAGCUGCCUCAGGUGCGUGCCCUGCUCCCUGCUUCUCCGCCCAGCUGCCUCAGGUGCGUGCCCUGCUCCCUGCUUCUCCGCCCAGCUGCCUCAGGUGCGUGCCCUGCUCCCUGCUUCUCCGCCCAGCUGCCUCAGGUGCGUGCCCUGCUCCCUGCUUCUCCGCCCAGCUGCCUCAGGUGCGUGCCCUGCUCCCUGCUUCUCCGCCCAGCUGCCUCAGGUGCGUGCCCUGCUCCCUGCUUCUCCGCCCAGCUGCCUCAGGUGCGUGCCCUGCUCCCUGCUUCUCCGCCCAGCUGCCUCAGGUGCGUGCCCUGCUCCCUGCUUCUCCGCCCAGCUGCCUCAGGUGCGUGCCCUGCUCCCUGCUUCUCCGCCCAGCUGCCUCAGGUGCGUGCCCUGCUCCCUGCUUCUCCGCCCAGCUGCCUCAGGUGCGUGCCCUGCUCCCUGCUUCUCCGCCCAGCUGCCUCAGGUGCGUGCCCUGCUCCCUGCUUCUCCGCCCAGCUGCCUCAGGUGCGUGCCCUGCUCCCUGCUUCUCCGCCCAGCUGCCUCAGGUGCGUGCCCUGCUCCCUGCUUCUCCGCCCAGCUGCCUCAGGUGCGUGCCCUGCUCCCUGCUUCUCCGCCCAGCUGCCUCAGGUGCGUGCCCUGCUCCCUGCUUCUCCGCCCAGCUGCCUCAGGUGCGUGCCCUGCUCCCUGCUUCUCCGCCCAGCUGCCUCAGGUGCGUGCCCUGCUCCCUGCUUCUCCGCCCAGCUGCCUCAGGUGCGUGCCCUGCUCCCUGCUUCUCCGCCCAGCUGCCUCAGGUGCGUGCCCUGCUCCCUGCUUCUCCGCCCAGCUGCCUCAGGUGCGUGCCCUGCUCCCUGCUUCUCCGCCCAGCUGCCUCAGGUGCGUGCCCUGCUCCCUGCUUCUCCGCCCAGCUGCCUCAGGUGCGUGCCCUGCUCCCUGCUUCUCCGCCCAGCUGCCUCAGGUGCGUGCCCUGCUCCCUGCUUCUCCGCCCAGCUGCCUCAGGUGCGUGCCCUGCUCCCUGCUUCUCCGCCCAGCUGCCUCAGGUGCGUGCCCUGCUCCCUGCUUCUCCGCCCAGCUGCCUCAGGUGCGUGCCCUGCUCCCUGCUUCUCCGCCCAGCUGCCUCAGGUGCGUGCCCUGCUCCCUGCUUCUCCGCCCAGCUGCCUCAGGUGCGUGCCCUGCUCCCUGCUUCUCCGCCCAGCUGCCUCAGGUGCGUGCCCUGCUCCCUGCUUCUCCGCCCAGCUGCCUCAGGUGCGUGCCCUGCUCCCUGCUUCUCCGCCCAGCUGCCUCAGGUGCGUGCCCUGCUCCCUGCUUCUCCGCCCAGCUGCCUCAGGUGCGUGCCCUGCUCCCUGCUUCUCCGCCCAGCUGCCUCAGGUGCGUGCCCUGCUCCCUGCUUCUCCGCCCAGCUGCCUCAGGUGCGUGCCCUGCUCCCUGCUUCUCCGCCCAGCUGCCUCAGGUGCGUGCCCUGCUCCCUGCUUCUCCGCCCAGCUGCCUCAGGUGCGUGCCCUGCUCCCUGCUUCUCCGCCCAGCUGCCUCAGGUGCGUGCCCUGCUCCCUGCUUCUCCGCCCAGCUGCCUCAGGUGCGUGCCCUGCUCCCUGCUUCUCCGCCCAGCUGCCUCAGGUGCGUGCCCUGCUCCCUGCUUCUCCGCCCAGCUGCCUCAGGUGCGUGCCCUGCUCCCUGCUUCUCCGCCCAGCUGCCUCAGGUGCGUGCCCUGCUCCCUGCUUCUCCGCCCAGCUGCCUCAGGUGCGUGCCCUGCUCCCUGCUUCUCCGCCCAGCUGCCUCAGGUGCGUGCCCUGCUCCCUGCUUCUCCGCCCAGCUGCCUCAGGUGCGUGCCCUGCUCCCUGCUUCUCCGCCCAGCUGCCUCAGGUGCGUGCCCUGCUCCCUGCUUCUCCGCCCAGCUGCCUCAGGUGCGUGCCCUGCUCCCUGCUUCUCCGCCCAGCUGCCUCAGGUGCGUGCCCUGCUCCCUGCUUCUCCGCCCAGCUGCCUCAGGUGCGUGCCCUGCUCCCUGCUUCUCCGCCCAGCUGCCUCAGGUGCGUGCCCUGCUCCCUGCUUCUCCGCCCAGCUGCCUCAGGUGCGUGCCCUGCUCCCUGCUUCUCCGCCCAGCUGCCUCAGGUGCGUGCCCUGCUCCCUGCUUCUCCGCCCAGCUGCCUCAGGUGCGUGCCCUGCUCCCUGCUUCUCCGCCCAGCUGCCUCAGGUGCGUGCCCUGCUCCCUGCUUCUCCGCCCAGCUGCCUCAGGUGCGUGCCCUGCUCCCUGCUUCUCCGCCCAGCUGCCUCAGGUGCGUGCCCUGCUCCCUGCUUCUCCGCCCAGCUGCCUCAGGUGCGUGCCCUGCUCCCUGCUUCUCCGCCCAGCUGCCUCAGGUGCGUGCCCUGCUCCCUGCUUCUCCGCCCAGCUGCCUCAGGUGCGUGCCCUGCUCCCUGCUUCUCCGCCCAGCUGCCUCAGGUGCGUGCCCUGCUCCCUGCUUCUCCGCCCAGCUGCCUCAGGUGCGUGCCCUGCUCCCUGCUUCUCCGCCCAGCUGCCUCAGGUGCGUGCCCUGCUCCCUGCUUCUCCGCCCAGCUGCCUCAGGUGCGUGCCCUGCUCCCUGCUUCUCCGCCCAGCUGCCUCAGGUGCGUGCCCUGCUCCCUGCUUCUCCGCCCAGCUGCCUCAGGUGCGUGCCCUGCUCCCUGCUUCUCCGCCCAGCUGCCUCAGGUGCGUGCCCUGCUCCCUGCUUCUCCGCCCAGCUGCCUCAGGUGCGUGCCCUGCUCCCUGCUUCUCCGCCCAGCUGCCUCAGGUGCGUGCCCUGCUCCCUGCUUCUCCGCCCAGCUGCCUCAGGUGCGUGCCCUGCUCCCUGCUUCUCCGCCCAGCUGCCUCAGGUGCGUGCCCUGCUCCCUGCUUCUCCGCCCAGCUGCCUCAGGUGCGUGCCCUGCUCCCUGCUUCUCCGCCCAGCUGCCUCAGGUGCGUGCCCUGCUCCCUGCUUCUCCGCCCAGCUGCCUCAGGUGCGUGCCCUGCUCCCUGCUUCUCCGCCCAGCUGCCUCAGGUGCGUGCCCUGCUCCCUGCUUCUCCGCCCAGCUGCCUCAGGUGCGUGCCCUGCUCCCUGCUUCUCCGCCCAGCUGCCUCAGGUGCGUGCCCUGCUCCCUGCUUCUCCGCCCAGCUGCCUCAGGUGCGUGCCCUGCUCCCUGCUUCUCCGCCCAGCUGCCUCAGGUGCGUGCCCUGCUCCCUGCUUCUCCGCCCAGCUGCCUCAGGUGCGUGCCCUGCUCCCUGCUUCUCCGCCCAGCUGCCUCAGGUGCGUGCCCUGCUCCCUGCUUCUCCGCCCAGCUGCCUCAGGUGCGUGCCCUGCUCCCUGCUUCUCCGCCCAGCUGCCUCAGGUGCGUGCCCUGCUCCCUGCUUCUCCGCCCAGCUGCCUCAGGUGCGUGCCCUGCUCCCUGCUUCUCCGCCCAGCUGCCUCAGGUGCGUGCCCUGCUCCCUGCUUCUCCGCCCAGCUGCCUCAGGUGCGUGCCCUGCUCCCUGCUUCUCCGCCCAGCUGCCUCAGGUGCGUGCCCUGCUCCCUGCUUCUCCGCCCAGCUGCCUCAGGUGCGUGCCCUGCUCCCUGCUUCUCCGCCCAGCUGCCUCAGGUGCGUGCCCUGCUCCCUGCUUCUCCGCCCAGCUGCCUCAGGUGCGUGCCCUGCUCCCUGCUUCUCCGCCCAGCUGCCUCAGGUGCGUGCCCUGCUCCCUGCUUCUCCGCCCAGCUGCCUCAGGUGCGUGCCCUGCUCCCUGCUUCUCCGCCCAGCUGCCUCAGGUGCGUGCCCUGCUCCCUGCUUCUCCGCCCAGCUGCCUCAGGUGCGUGCCCUGCUCCCUGCUUCUCCGCCCAGCUGCCUCAGGUGCGUGCCCUGCUCCCUGCUUCUCCGCCCAGCUGCCUCAGGUGCGUGCCCUGCUCCCUGCUUCUCCGCCCAGCUGCCUCAGGUGCGUGCCCUGCUCCCUGCUUCUCCGCCCAGCUGCCUCAGGUGCGUGCCCUGCUCCCUGCUUCUCCGCCCAGCUGCCUCAGGUGCGUGCCCUGCUCCCUGCUUCUCCGCCCAGCUGCCUCAGGUGCGUGCCCUGCUCCCUGCUUCUCCGCCCAGCUGCCUCAGGUGCGUGCCCUGCUCCCUGCUUCUCCGCCCAGCUGCCUCAGGUGCGUGCCCUGCUCCCUGCUUCUCCGCCCAGCUGCCUCAGGUGCGUGCCCUGCUCCCUGCUUCUCCGCCCAGCUGCCUCAGGUGCGUGCCCUGCUCCCUGCUUCUCCGCCCAGCUGCCUCAGGUGCGUGCCCUGCUCCCUGCUUCUCCGCCCAGCUGCCUCAGGUGCGUGCCCUGCUCCCUGCUUCUCCGCCCAGCUGCCUCAGGUGCGUGCCCUGCUCCCUGCUUCUCCGCCCAGCUGCCUCAGGUGCGUGCCCUGCUCCCUGCUUCUCCGCCCAGCUGCCUCAGGUGCGUGCCCUGCUCCCUGCUUCUCCGCCCAGCUGCCUCAGGUGCGUGCCCUGCUCCCUGCUUCUCCGCCCAGCUGCCUCAGGUGCGUGCCCUGCUCCCUGCUUCUCCGCCCAGCUGCCUCAGGUGCGUGCCCUGCUCCCUGCUUCUCCGCCCAGCUGCCUCAGGUGCGUGCCCUGCUCCCUGCUUCUCCGCCCAGCUGCCUCAGGUGCGUGCCCUGCUCCCUGCUUCUCCGCCCAGCUGCCUCAGGUGCGUGCCCUGCUCCCUGCUUCUCCGCCCAGCUGCCUCAGGUGCGUGCCCUGCUCCCUGCUUCUCCGCCCAGCUGCCUCAGGUGCGUGCCCUGCUCCCUGCUUCUCCGCCCAGCUGCCUCAGGUGCGUGCCCUGCUCCCUGCUUCUCCGCCCAGCUGCCUCAGGUGCGUGCCCUGCUCCCUGCUUCUCCGCCCAGCUGCCUCAGGUGCGUGCCCUGCUCCCUGCUUCUCCGCCCAGCUGCCUCAGGUGCGUGCCCUGCUCCCUGCUUCUCCGCCCAGCUGCCUCAGGUGCGUGCCCUGCUCCCUGCUUCUCCGCCCAGCUGCCUCAGGUGCGUGCCCUGCUCCCUGCUUCUCCGCCCAGCUGCCUCAGGUGCGUGCCCUGCUCCCUGCUUCUCCGCCCAGCUGCCUCAGGUGCGUGCCCUGCUCCCUGCUUCUCCGCCCAGCUGCCUCAGGUGCGUGCCCUGCUCCCUGCUUCUCCGCCCAGCUGCCUCAGGUGCGUGCCCUGCUCCCUGCUUCUCCGCCCAGCUGCCUCAGGUGCGUGCCCUGCUCCCUGCUUCUCCGCCCAGCUGCCUCAGGUGCGUGCCCUGCUCCCUGCUUCUCCGCCCAGCUGCCUCAGGUGCGUGCCCUGCUCCCUGCUUCUCCGCCCAGCUGCCUCAGGUGCGUGCCCUGCUCCCUGCUUCUCCGCCCAGCUGCCUCAGGUGCGUGCCCUGCUCCCUGCUUCUCCGCCCAGCUGCCUCAGGUGCGUGCCCUGCUCCCUGCUUCUCCGCCCAGCUGCCUCAGGUGCGUGCCCUGCUCCCUGCUUCUCCGCCCAGCUGCCUCAGGUGCGUGCCCUGCUCCCUGCUUCUCCGCCCAGCUGCCUCAGGUGCGUGCCCUGCUCCCUGCUUCUCCGCCCAGCUGCCUCAGGUGCGUGCCCUGCUCCCUGCUUCUCCGCCCAGCUGCCUCAGGUGCGUGCCCUGCUCCCUGCUUCUCCGCCCAGCUGCCUCAGGUGCGUGCCCUGCUCCCUGCUUCUCCGCCCAGCUGCCUCAGGUGCGUGCCCUGCUCCCUGCUUCUCCGCCCAGCUGCCUCAGGUGCGUGCCCUGCUCCCUGCUUCUCCGCCCAGCUGCCUCAGGUGCGUGCCCUGCUCCCUGCUUCUCCGCCCAGCUGCCUCAGGUGCGUGCCCUGCUCCCUGCUUCUCCGCCCAGCUGCCUCAGGUGCGUGCCCUGCUCCCUGCUUCUCCGCCCAGCUGCCUCAGGUGCGUGCCCUGCUCCCUGCUUCUCCGCCCAGCUGCCUCAGGUGCGUGCCCUGCUCCCUGCUUCUCCGCCCAGCUGCCUCAGGUGCGUGCCCUGCUCCCUGCUUCUCCGCCCAGCUGCCUCAGGUGCGUGCCCUGCUCCCUGCUUCUCCGCCCAGCUGCCUCAGGUGCGUGCCCUGCUCCCUGCUUCUCCGCCCAGCUGCCUCAGGUGCGUGCCCUGCUCCCUGCUUCUCCGCCCAGCUGCCUCAGGUGCGUGCCCUGCUCCCUGCUUCUCCGCCCAGCUGCCUCAGGUGCGUGCCCUGCUCCCUGCUUCUCCGCCCAGCUGCCUCAGGUGCGUGCCCUGCUCCCUGCUUCUCCGCCCAGCUGCCUCAGGUGCGUGCCCUGCUCCCUGCUUCUCCGCCCAGCUGCCUCAGGUGCGUGCCCUGCUCCCUGCUUCUCCGCCCAGCUGCCUCAGGUGCGUGCCCUGCUCCCUGCUUCUCCGCCCAGCUGCCUCAGGUGCGUGCCCUGCUCCCUGCUUCUCCGCCCAGCUGCCUCAGGUGCGUGCCCUGCUCCCUGCUUCUCCGCCCAGCUGCCUCAGGUGCGUGCCCUGCUCCCUGCUUCUCCGCCCAGCUGCCUCAGGUGCGUGCCCUGCUCCCUGCUUCUCCGCCCAGCUGCCUCAGGUGCGUGCCCUGCUCCCUGCUUCUCCGCCCAGCUGCCUCAGGUGCGUGCCCUGCUCCCUGCUUCUCCGCCCAGCUGCCUCAGGUGCGUGCCCUGCUCCCUGCUUCUCCGCCCAGCUGCCUCAGGUGCGUGCCCUGCUCCCUGCUUCUCCGCCCAGCUGCCUCAGGUGCGUGCCCUGCUCCCUGCUUCUCCGCCCAGCUGCCUCAGGUGCGUGCCCUGCUCCCUGCUUCUCCGCCCAGCUGCCUCAGGUGCGUGCCCUGCUCCCUGCUUCUCCGCCCAGCUGCCUCAGGUGCGUGCCCUGCUCCCUGCUUCUCCGCCCAGCUGCCUCAGGUGCGUGCCCUGCUCCCUGCUUCUCCGCCCAGCUGCCUCAGGUGCGUGCCCUGCUCCCUGCUUCUCCGCCCAGCUGCCUCAGGUGCGUGCCCUGCUCCCUGCUUCUCCGCCCAGCUGCCUCAGGUGCGUGCCCUGCUCCCUGCUUCUCCGCCCAGCUGCCUCAGGUGCGUGCCCUGCUCCCUGCUUCUCCGCCCAGCUGCCUCAGGUGCGUGCCCUGCUCCCUGCUUCUCCGCCCAGCUGCCUCAGGUGCGUGCCCUGCUCCCUGCUUCUCCGCCCAGCUGCCUCAGGUGCGUGCCCUGCUCCCUGCUUCUCCGCCCAGCUGCCUCAGGUGCGUGCCCUGCUCCCUGCUUCUCCGCCCAGCUGCCUCAGGUGCGUGCCCUGCUCCCUGCUUCUCCGCCCAGCUGCCUCAGGUGCGUGCCCUGCUCCCUGCUUCUCCGCCCAGCUGCCUCAGGUGCGUGCCCUGCUCCCUGCUUCUCCGCCCAGCUGCCUCAGGUGCGUGCCCUGCUCCCUGCUUCUCCGCCCAGCUGCCUCAGGUGCGUGCCCUGCUCCCUGCUUCUCCGCCCAGCUGCCUCAGGUGCGUGCCCUGCUCCCUGCUUCUCCGCCCAGCUGCCUCAGGUGCGUGCCCUGCUCCCUGCUUCUCCGCCCAGCUGCCUCAGGUGCGUGCCCUGCUCCCUGCUUCUCCGCCCAGCUGCCUCAGGUGCGUGCCCUGCUCCCUGCUUCUCCGCCCAGCUGCCUCAGGUGCGUGCCCUGCUCCCUGCUUCUCCGCCCAGCUGCCUCAGGUGCGUGCCCUGCUCCCUGCUUCUCCGCCCAGCUGCCUCAGGUGCGUGCCCUGCUCCCUGCUUCUCCGCCCAGCUGCCUCAGGUGCGUGCCCUGCUCCCUGCUUCUCCGCCCAGCUGCCUCAGGUGCGUGCCCUGCUCCCUGCUUCUCCGCCCAGCUGCCUCAGGUGCGUGCCCUGCUCCCUGCUUCUCCGCCCAGCUGCCUCAGGUGCGUGCCCUGCUCCCUGCUUCUCCGCCCAGCUGCCUCAGGUGCGUGCCCUGCUCCCUGCUUCUCCGCCCAGCUGCCUCAGGUGCGUGCCCUGCUCCCUGCUUCUCCGCCCAGCUGCCUCAGGUGCGUGCCCUGCUCCCUGCUUCUCCGCCCAGCUGCCUCAGGUGCGUGCCCUGCUCCCUGCUUCUCCGCCCAGCUGCCUCAGGUGCGUGCCCUGCUCCCUGCUUCUCCGCCCAGCUGCCUCAGGUGCGUGCCCUGCUCCCUGCUUCUCCGCCCAGCUGCCUCAGGUGCGUGCCCUGCUCCCUGCUUCUCCGCCCAGCUGCCUCAGGUGCGUGCCCUGCUCCCUGCUUCUCCGCCCAGCUGCCUCAGGUGCGUGCCCUGCUCCCUGCUUCUCCGCCCAGCUGCCUCAGGUGCGUGCCCUGCUCCCUGCUUCUCCGCCCAGCUGCCUCAGGUGCGUGCCCUGCUCCCUGCUUCUCCGCCCAGCUGCCUCAGGUGCGUGCCCUGCUCCCUGCUUCUCCGCCCAGCUGCCUCAGGUGCGUGCCCUGCUCCCUGCUUCUCCGCCCAGCUGCCUCAGGUGCGUGCCCUGCUCCCUGCUUCUCCGCCCAGCUGCCUCAGGUGCGUGCCCUGCUCCCUGCUUCUCCGCCCAGCUGCCUCAGGUGCGUGCCCUGCUCCCUGCUUCUCCGCCCAGCUGCCUCAGGUGCGUGCCCUGCUCCCUGCUUCUCCGCCCAGCUGCCUCAGGUGCGUGCCCUGCUCCCUGCUUCUCCGCCCAGCUGCCUCAGGUGCGUGCCCUGCUCCCUGCUUCUCCGCCCAGCUGCCUCAGGUGCGUGCCCUGCUCCCUGCUUCUCCGCCCAGCUGCCUCAGGUGCGUGCCCUGCUCCCUGCUUCUCCGCCCAGCUGCCUCAGGUGCGUGCCCUGCUGCCUCAGGUGCGCUCUGCUGCCACAGGUGUGUGCGCUGCUGCCUGCUUCCCCCGCCCGUUGGGAAGCCAGUCAGUGCUGCAGGACCGCAGCGCAGUGCAGCGCAUCGUGGGUGCGUUGGAGCCGCUGGUGCGCGCUGCUGAUGGCAGCGCGGGGGAGAGGGUCGCCAUGCGGGUGAGAGGGGGGGGGUUGGUGGGAAUGUGA